AUGUUUCACAAAAUCGACCCACAUUUGAAUUGUGAUAAUAAUGUAGAUGGUGGUGAUGUAGAUGAUGGUGGUGUAGAUGAUGGUGACGUAGAUGAUGGUGGCGUAGAUGAUGGUGGCGUAGAUGAUGGUGUUGUAGAUGAUGGUGAUAUAGAUGUUGCUGUAGUAGAUGAUUAUGGUGAUGUGGAUGGUGGCGAUGUAGAUGAUGGUGAUGUAUAUGAUGGUGAUGAAGAUGAUGUCGAUGAUGUAGAUGAUGGUGCUGUAGAUGAUGGUGACGUAGAUGAUGGUGUUGUAAAUUAUGAUCAUGGCGAUAUAGAUGACAGUGAUGUAGAUUAUGACGAAGUAGAUGUAGAUGAUGGUGAUGUAGAUAAUAGCGAUGUUGAUUAUGGUGAUGUUGAUGAUGACGAUGUAAAUGAUGAUGAUAGCGAUGUAGAUGAUAGCGAUGUAAAUGAUGGCGAUGUAGAUGAUGGCGAUGUAGAUGAUAGUGCUGGAUAUUAUAGUGCUGAAGAUUAUGGUGAUGUAGAUGGUGAUGAUGGCGAUGUAGAUUAUGAUGAUGUAGAUCAUGGCGAUGUAGAUAAUAGUGGAGAUUAUGGUGCUGUAGAUGAUGGCGAUGUAGAUGAUGUAGAUGCUUUCGAUGUAGAUGAUAAUUAUGUAGUCCAUGGCGAUGUAGAUGUAGAUGAUGUAGAUGAUGGUGCUGUAGAUAAUGACGAUGUAAGUGAUGGCGAUGUAAAUUGUGGUGUUGUAGAUUAUGAUGAUAGCGAUGUAGAUGAUGAUGAAGUUGAUGAUAGCGAUAUAGAUGAUGGUGAUAUAGAUGUUAGCGAUGUAGAUGAUAGCAAUGUAGAUGCAGACGAUGUAGAUGAUGAUGAUGGCAAUGUAGAUGAUAGCGAUGUAGAUGAUCGUGUUGUAGAUGAUGGUAAUGUAGAUGAUGGUGAUGUAGAUGAUAGUGCUGAAGAUUAUAGUGCUAAAGAUGAUGAUGAUGUAGAUGAUGGCGAUUUUGGAUGA